AUGAAGGGAUGGGGAAUUGGAUUAGUGCCAGAUCUGGCGAUUAUAAAGGCAAAAUCUAAGAAACACAACCGCUAUUUGGUCGAGUGUGGUGUAGUACCUCUAACAAUCGACCUCUCGAAGGGCGGUCCCGAAGAAUUGCUUAGCUUCAUUUACUUGCAUUCUUAUAUAAAAGUGACAUUCUUCUUUUUUUACUUAAAAUAUGCCAAAUCUACACUCUCUGGACUUUUAGAUUCUGAUUUUCACGUUAAAUUGUUUAAUCUUCGUUUUAUUAAAAAUGAAAUAAUUGGAAGUUGUAAUAAAAAGUUAAAGUAUUUACAGAGUGGUCUCCUUUCUGAAAUUGAAAAAAUUUUGAGUAAUGAAGCCCAUCCCUCUCUUCUAAUUGAAGCCUGCGUCAUAGUAGGAAGCCUCGCUUAUGGCGAUAAAGAGUGUCUGACUGCACUUUUCGCCUCAAAUUUAUUACCCACUCUAACUUUGUUUUUAAAUCAUAAAGAUGAUAAUGUGGCCGAGGCUGCCAUUCGCUCCAUUAAAAUUGUUUACACUUGUGAUUUUACCUACAAAUUUACUUUAAAAGAUGAGAGUUUGUUAGUUGUUGUGGAAUUACUGUCCAGUUCCUCAGCAACCAUCGUUGAGAAUGCUUUGAAGUUAAUAAGUAUAAGCUGUCGAACACCAGAAAGGCAACUUUUGGUCGUCAAUUAUCCGAAUCUGUCAGCUGUUAAAAAAAUUAUUGAGUUUUUAAGUUCUCAUAAUCCCAAACUGCAAGAAUCUUCCCUCCAAACUUUAGCCUCUCUCAUACAUUCUAACAAACAGGCAGCAAAAGUCAUUCUUUGCAAUUUUCCAGACCUUCAAAAAACUUUAUACCACUUUCUUAAGCGCACUCCAGAUUCGAUUCGCUUGGCUGCUUGUUGUUGUUUAGCAUACCUCAACAAACUUAACAUGUUGAACAACAAAAGCGCAUUAUUUUCAAUGCUGCUGCCGCUACUCGUGCGCUUGUCCUCGAGUGGCACCCCGACUAUACGUAUUCAGUCACUCAAUACUUUAGCCUUUUUCAUCGCCGAAGAACCGAAACUUCAAAAGGCUGCCUGCGAGUCAGAGCUGCUUAAAAACCUUCACGAAGCCUUCGAUAACACACGAAAUGAUAAUGAACGCGAUCUCAUCCAAUAUCAAGAGGAAUUAUUUUUUGCAUCUCAUUAA